AUGGAAAAGAUCCGGAAUCUGAAUCAUCCGCUGCUGCAUCAAUGCGCGGCUGACGUCGGGAGAACACCCAGAAGAAUCACAAAAGUCAUACUGGGAGGAAAUUGUUUGUCUCCAAGAACAAUAAUACAUGAAAUUUUCCAUGCACUGGGAUUCUACCACGAACAUAGCCGUCCGGAUCGAGAUACCUAUGUCACUGUCAACGUUGCCCCGAGCAAUAUCGAACGAAACGUUGAUCUGCGGAAUUUCAAUAUUCUGCCUGAUAUGCCGGUAUUUAAUUUGCCAUACGAUUACGAGUCCAUAAUGCAUUACGCACCCAGUGAUUUUGCGGCUAAUCCUAAUGAUCCUAAUGGAGCGGUCAUCAUGCCCAAAGUCAACGGAUCAUUGAAGAUUGGCAAGCGAGACCAGUUGAGCGUUCUGGAUAUUGCUAGACUAAAAAUAGCAUACGGAUGCUUGGAUGCGAAUCUUGGACCAGUUCGCAGAACUAUCUCUAACAACUGCAAAACGAUAGCAAAGGUAGAGGAACGAGAAGAAGAACCAGUUGUCAGUGCGGUUCGUCAUCAAAAUUUACUCACGCCACGAAAGCUGAAAGUGUCAAGACCCAAAGAAUUAAGCGCAGUUCCCAGGUCUCUGGAAGGCGGUGAGGCUGAAUCUUCCUUUCUCCCGGAGUUCUCGGAUAAAUUAAUGACAAAAGAUCAAUGCAGCGCCCAGUUCACUAACAACUGUUCCCCCAUACAGCGAAAAAAAUCCAUAUGCGCGCGAUUCCGAGGUCUGGAAAUAAACUGCCAUUCUUUUGUAACCCCCGAAGAAAUCGCACAAAUGACAGCUGCUUUUUCAAGACCGCCAAUUCGUGCCGUACGAGUGCGUUUGAAUGAUGGCCCACUCAUUACGUACAACAAUUUUGUGCGCAUUAGCACCCAAGUAGUUCAGUUCACACUGUCAACUUGCCUUAGUGCACGAGCCUCGAAUAAGCUGAUGCAGCUGCGUUUUGUUCGUUUACUGGAAUUUCAACUGAGUUGGUGCGACAAUUUGGAAAUUCACAAAGACGAUUUCAAAAGAUCACUACAACUGCGAAUUAUCAUAUUGGCGCAAUCAACGAUUCGUACACUAGAAGAGGAUACCUUUACGAACCUGCAAAAUUUACAGGUGCUAUCGAUGGAGUACGGACUGGAGAAGCUGCUGCGUUCGCAACCGCGUUUUCGUGACUAUGUCGCUCGUAUCCAUUGCGAAUGUGAGUUUGCUUGGUUUCGGACAUGGUUAAAGAGAAAUCCCCGGUUAUUAUGGAAGAAGGAUGCCGGCGCCAUUUACAACUUGCAAAAAUCAUACAGCAACUCUGCAUAUAAAAGAAGAGAUCUCUAUAUUCCAAUCGAUUGCUCAAACUCUCCUCGAUCGAACGGAUCUCUCAUCACCUUUUCUCACACAGAUUUUUCUGUUAGUGACGGCAAUUGUGUUUCCAUUUAA